AUGCCACCCACUACAUCCACCACUCCUGCGACGUCCACUUCUCACCUUCCUCUGGACGGCCUCUCUCGCGUCCGACAUCUCUUCAAUCCAUGGGAGGAGCCUCACCCAGGCAGCCGGCUACCUCUGACAGAGAAUAGCCAUGAGUCUGAGAAGGUUGCGAACACUAACUCACGACACUUGAGUGGUGGAUACAAAGGUGGCAUGGCCGCAAAAGACGUCAACCCAUAUCAUCAUACUCGGCCAUGGCUAGUGCGGCGCCCAAUCCGUGUUCGAGCACGAAUGAACACCCCGGUCCCGCUUAAGAUCACCACCGAGAUCUCUGAAGAACAUGACGCGAAGUCAGUGCCGGUUCCAGCGGUGCGUAAUAUCGACAUCCAGUCUCCUGCAAUGGCUUCUCCCGCUCUACCUCCCCACGAAUCUGAAGCCGAGCUGGAAAAGACCGAUGUCAAGGUUACAGACGGUACAGCCGAUGCAGUCAUGCCGAGCGAGUUGCCUUUGCCUGCAUCCCCGCCGGUCGACUGCCAAUUUACCGACUUUUCUAAUCUCCUUGGGAUCAACGUACGGCCUCCAGCUGAGGAGACUGUCGCUGUAGCCAACGCUGAAUCUGGGUCAUAUUGUCACGCCGCGCCCGAAGAAGACAUUUACGGGUGGGAUGCUGAACUUGACCGACAAAGCAAACAGAGCAGCCCAGCACUACCAUAUCCAUGCGACCAGGAGUACCAGUACCGACGGACGAGCAUGACGAAGCGUAGCCUCCUGCAUCGUGUUUUCAGUAUGGGCCCUGCCCCAAAAGACGUCAGCAUUGAGGUGCGUCGGGCUAGUAGCACCUCUAGCUAA